AUGAAAUUAUUUUUCCACCUAGCUGUGGUGGCGUUUUUUCUGUGUGUAGUAGUGGCCAGAGCCAAUGCAACCGAAGAUCCCAAAAUCCUUAAUCAAAACUACUAUCGCCAUUUGAUGGAAAAUUUGGACAAAGGCAAGAGUCCCUGUUCGAAAUUCUAUCCCUACGUGUGCGCCAAAUGGAUUGAGAGCAAUAAGGAGAAUAAGGACACCUACGAUUCCAUACAACAGCUGAUGAACUAUGAGGCGAAUAUGGAAAUCAUUGAAUAUUUGGAAAAGACACCGGUGGCCGAUAUGCCAGACCAUGUAAAAAUAGUUAAGGAUUUCUAUGAGUCCUGCACCAAGAGCAAAGAAUUGAAACUCAAAGAAUUUAUGCACCAUAUAGAAAAGGAGGACAACAUGAAGUGGGCCCUGCUCACCCCCUUGGAGAAUAAGGAUGUGGUCUUCGAUUGGCCCUCUACCAUGGCCAUAUUCCGUAAAUAUGGUUUCAAUGAUUUCCUGGUGGAACAGUGGAACGGCCCGAAGUCUAUUUUUAAAUACAUCAAAAAAUCCAACAUGAAACAUUUGCGAAAGAACCUCAGACUGCCUGAGGGUACCAUGGAUUUCAUGGAUCUAUGGUCACUCAUUGACGAUUUUGAAGAUAAAUACAAUGAAGUGGAAGUCCAGAAACCGGAAGAAAGGCUGUAUAAAUUCAAAGAUUUGCCUUAUGCAUGGUUUAAAAAAUACCUGACAACUUUGAUGGAGCCUCAUCAUUUGGAUGACAACAUGGAGAUAAACAUUUACAACAUUGUGUGCUUGGAAGAUCUGGAUAAACUACUGAGGGACUAUGAUGCAGCAUUCCUUUGCCGGUAUUUGGAAGUACGUUUUCUACUCUAUUUGGAAGAGGUCGAUAUCCCUGGCAAUGCCAAUGAAUGUAUGACCCAGGCCAAAAUGAUCUUUACCAUGGCCACUGAUUGGAUCUACAAGGAAUUGCAUCCAGAAGUGCUGCAGGAAAUUCCCAGAUUGGAUCAAAUGUUUGAAAAUCUUAUCAGAAAUGUCAACUCCACCCUGCAAAUGGCUGCCAAGCCGACCAUUGUACCCCUGGAAUUCUUUGAGAAACUGGAAACAAUGAAACUGCAAGUGGGCCAACUACCUUUGGAAAAUUCGGAGGAAAUUUUGAAAUCAAAUUAUGAAAAUAUGAAAUUGGAUCUCCAAGAUUAUCCGGGUAUUUAUUUGAAGAUGUUACAAUUCUAUUUUGAAACGCAAAUGAAAGUCGCCGCCACGACGCCAUCGGCCAGUGUCGAAAAGUUGUACAAAACUCCAACUUACAGUCUUCAGAGUUGGGAUUUCAGACCCACAUAUGAGGCCGAAACCAAUCGCCUAAUCUUGCCAUUUGCUGCGAUGCGUCCACCAUUCUACCAUGUGGCCUAUGAUGACAUUUUCAAAGUGAGUUCAAUGGGCAGCAUUCUAACCGCUAAUAUUUUUGGACCUCUCUACUAUAUGGAAGGAUUGCCGAAUUCAGAUAUCGACAUAUUGUCCGAGAGUAUGGCUCUAUAUUCUACAUAUGAAAUUUAUUUCUCAUCCCUACAACCGGAGGAGCUCUCAAGAUAUGAAUCCAUGUUUAACAUGACCUCGUUGCAGGAGCUAAAACAACUGUUCUACAUCAAUGCCCUUCAUUAUAGCUGCGAGCUGGAUGACGACGAUGAGGAUAUUCUCAAUUUGCACGUUAUCAAUAUGUCCGGCUUUAAUGAGGCAUUCGAGUGCAAUGUAAAUAAAUUUUUGAAACAACUUUCAUGA